GACAGACGCGCACCGCGCCACAGAGAGCUUUGGAUAUUGAUAAGAAGCGGACGGCAAACAAUAUUGUAGGCUAUACCACAAUUGUGUUUCGAUUCAUAAAGAGGGUACUGGGCGUUAUAAAAAAAGAAGAACGUCGUGUAGACUGCAACCCGUGGAAAAGGCGAAGAAAGGGGGAUUUUAAUCAAUUUACGGAGUUUUGAUGUCUCGAGGGAUAACAUAACAUAUAGGCUACUAGCGUGUUUUUUAUUAAUCUAAUCUAGAUCAUUUCUGGUUGGGAGGCUUUUUCCUUAACAAGGAGGGAAUCGAUUGUUCUCAGGAUGCGUUUGUCAAUAUUUUUUUUGGGACGGUUGGGGCAAUGUAAUCGUUUUUUUUUAAUUAUUAUUUUUGAGAAUAAACUCACAGGCUCUAUAUAACAUUGAUUGUUUUACAUUCACACCAGGAGUUUGAAAUUCGACCGGCGCCUUACAAAAUACAAAAUUCUACGUAAUACCAAACAAUCUGAGAAUAUUGUGCCAACUUCUUGAGAUUGUUUGGAACACUUAUUUGGAUUUAACACACACUUUCAAGAUGGUCCAACUAGUGUUCCGGAAAGUCUCCUAGACUGGACCCACAAGCUGUGAAUGCAACUUCGAUCUGGGUGGACGUUUUAAGUGGGAAGCUUAUCAUUAAGUACAAUUGGUAAUUCGCUGGAUAAUUUCCUAGAGACGACGGUGUGGGUGUCUGCGCUCAAGGCGAGGAGUUCCAGUUCCACAGAACGAGCCGCUGUCCCCGCGCCUAGUGCUGAGGAGAGAGUCUCGUGCUGUUUCCAUAAAUGCUUGGUCCAUCGCGGAGAAUAAAGCCUCCGGAGCAAGAUGAGCUCGUUGCUUUGGGUUCAGCUCGCGUUGCUUGCGGGGUGUAUGCGUUUAGUGGACGCCGAGGGAGAUCCUCUGCCUCCAGGGCUGGUGGAGCUGGUUAGGAACAGUCCAAUCUCUUCCAUAGAGGACCUGCAGCUGCUGCUGUUCAGUGACUCCGUAGAUGAAGAUGAUAGUUUAUUUCUCAGUGGUCAGCAGUCCAACAACACCAGCAACAGAUUGCCAAGGAGUCUGGACGCCCAACCGGCCCAGCAGGCCCUGUGUAAGGUGAGGACUGAGGUGACGGAGGUGACCCGUGCCAUGUUGGAUCGGAGCAACGCCAACUUCCUGUUGUGGCCCCCUUGUGUAGAAGUGCAGCGAUGUUCCGGCUGUUGCAACUCCAAGAGCCUGCAGUGUGUCCCUGUUGUGGUGCACACCAGACACCUGCAGGUGAUGAAGAUUCAGUACAUAGAGAAGAGGCCCAUCUACUCCAAAGCCAUCGUCUCAGUCCACGACCAUGUGGAGUGUCGCUGCCAUCCCGCCCCACGCCCCCCGCCCCCCACCAAGAAGAAGCCGACACCCCGCCGGCCGCAUAAAGACAACCGAGUGGAGGGGCAUUCAGCCAAAACCCAGACCAAGGAGGAGCUGCACCGCGAGGACGAGCUGAAGCACAACCAGCGCCACCGUCUGGAGGACAUGCUGGACCAGCCCUCGAAACACAGGAACACCUCCUCAGAACCAGGGGAGCAGAAAGACGGGUUGGAACGUGACGAGGUGGGUGCUCAGUGGGUCCGCAACGCUACCAGGCCGCUGGGGGCCAAAGAGCGGACAGAACUGGAACUGGGGGGCGACAGAAGCGUUGUCGACGACGACACAACCCUGUCGUUGACCAACGUUGACCACACAAAGAGAAACCGGGAGGAGGCACGAGGGGACUCGCUGUUUGACGUUGCAGAGGGAGACGUCAGGCUACGCGGUGGUCUGGGUCUUGGGGAGACGGGAGGGGACUGGGUGACACAGACCCCACCGCCACGCACCCACACAUCAAAGCUACAGCAACAAGGGGACAACUCCUCCGCAGAGGAAAUCCAUAGGAUGCAUGAGAGCAAAGAGGGAGCCAGUCAGGGACUGGAGCAGCAGCUCAGUCCCACGGAAGAAACCAACCAGCGUGCCGAGAGCAGAUUCAAUCCCAGCCAGGAAGCCGAUCAAAGACGUAACGACAAUGAGACCCCCGAGUCAGGAGGGAAGCUGCGGCACACGCUCCUCGAGGAGCAGCAAAGGCUGGAGGAGGAGAGGAAGGAACUGUUGUUGCUCCACAGGAGGCUGGACGAGGAGAAGGAGCACCUGAGACAACAGAAAGAAGAGGAGCGACAGCAGAAUCCGCAGCACCAUCGGCCUCAUCAUAAACUUCCUCUGACACCAUCCACUGCGCCGACACCAGGCACGAUGUCACCCACCUCGACGCAAGCACGGUCUACCACGGCUGGUCCCCGGCCCCCUGUACGGCCCGGACCACCGAGGAAGAGAACGAGGAAGAACAACCGCAGGCGAAUCAGCAAGGCAGCCAUGAGAGCAAUGCUGAUGUAGGACUUACAGUCAGUGUGCAAUUUCUUAGUCUAUUCACCCAUUGAGUGAUGCUGUAACGUUGCCCAGCGGUUUGUUUUCCUUCCUGUGAGUGAACAUUAAUGUGUCAGUGACCUGCUCAUCCUACGGCCAUGAGGUAUUCCGUAAUACUACUAAUAAACGUGUCUGGUGAACCAGUAACCAACCCUUGUGACGGCGGGUCGAGAGCAGUGGGAUGAACAUGAGAUUGUGCUGAUCCCUCAACAUAUCUCUGAUCCUGAUAAUAUCUCCUGAAAGCAACCGGAUGCUUCACCAGUCGGACGCUGGAACGUUCACAAGGAGACGGUGCGGUUGUUGGAAUCAUUGUUCUUGGAGAUCCCUCUGUACUUGUUAUUGAACAGUGCAGAAAACCACUUUGGUCCCCAGAUGUCGAGUCUGGUUCAAAAAUCUUUGUAUGCUUUUCACUGUCAUGGCUUAUUGUGGUUCUUCGAGACCCGACCAGUGGGCUGAUUCAGACUUGUAGAGAAAUCCAAGACUAAAGUUCUUCCCUCUCAGUCCGAAAAUAUUUUCUAUUAUUAAGCAGACCAUGUGAGCAUGGUGAAGAUGUGUUUUUGUUCAAAAAGACAUUGACAAGACACCUUUCAACCAACUUUGCUUGCUGGGGAAGAAGACUGGCACACAAAAGAUGUACCAAGGGGAGGACUGUGAGACCACAGCAAUGGAAGGACAACAACAAAUAAGGAUGGGCCAACAAUGACAUUUCUAUGAGCUCAGACUUCUGGAUCGACGUAUAGCGUUGACAGAUCCGAGCGGUGUAUUCAUUAUGAUCAAGUGCUACUUCAUCAUGACAUCAGCAAGGUCAGGGGUUCCCAGCCUAAUCUGGUUACUGUACCACAAACUGAAUUUCUUUCUGAAAUGUCCCCCAUUGCAUUUCACCAGUUUCACCAGCCUGUGGUUUUAUGAGUCUUCUCAUGUACGCCUGUGAAUAGGCCAAGUAGCCCCAGUAUCUAGUACUCCUUGUCUUAAAACUCCUGCUUGAGAACCACUGAUCUAGCCUAUUCUUAGGGCACUAAUUAAGGCAGGCACUGGAACUACAAAGUAAAUAUAUUACAAGUUUUAGUAGUAACAUGUAGAAUCUUGUUUCCUGUAUAAAACAAAUAUAUAUUUUAUUUAAUUCAAUCUAAAACACUGGAAUUCCACCAACAGCCAUGUAUACUCAUUGUUUGGAAAAGGUUUUAUACACUGGUCUGGGCAAGUGUGGCAGAACAAUGCAAGGUGCUACUUCAAUAGGCUAGUUGGAUCGGGUCACAUUGUCACGUCUGUCUUUAACCUUAUUUAUUCACCAUUUCACAGUGGUCUCUGUCCUGUUUUUACUAUCAAUACAAACACUCCAUAUUAAGCAUUUCCGGGGGCCAAUGUCAUUUCAACUGUACAUGGACCGUGUGAGUCCAAAGAAAAUAUUUGAAAAGGGAAUAAGUGUUGGUAGUAGCCUGCCAUUCACUGAGUGUAUGUAUGAUAGACAGAUGAUAUAUCUUUGUGUUGUUGUAUAACUGUGUGUACGUGUUGUGAGGGUAUUUUAGUAGACGAAGAGGCAUCUGUGGAUUUGAUUACUAACACUAUGAAACCAAUUCCUUAUUGACAACACUACUUGUCUGCAGAGUCAACAGUAAAAUAUGGACCAUCAUAGAGACUGACUCUGCAUUUCUAUAUUUAGGACACACGGACAGACUGACUGACAUACUGACAGACAAACAGCCCCCCCAGCUUAACAUCUAAACUUACAUUAAAUUAUUGAAAAUGGGGCAUAUAUCUCAUAAUGCCUGGUUUCAACUGUAAUUUGUUAUUGUCUUGUUUGUUAUAAGUCAUCCAAAAACUGAAAGUUGUGAUAUUUGACACUUAAUGUAGAUAUGAUUAUAAAAAAGAAAACAUGAAAAAGUGUACUUGGUUUGUGAACUGUUUCUGUUUGCCUUC